UCACUUACAAAUUAUAUAUAAAAAAAUAUAUAUAUGUAAGCAUCUCUCUCUGCACAUUUUUCAACUGCUUCUUAUACGACAGAUCAUCACACCACACACCAAGAAGUCGCUAAAUCCUUUGUCUCACUUUUGCAGCUUCUUCUUGAUCCUUUUCCAGGAACGAACAUAAGGCACCUGGUGGUGAAAAUCUAAUGGCUUCAGAGAGCGGCGUAAACGGUGAUUCAAAUAUAGUAGAAGAGGUUUCUGAAACCAAACGAGAAAGCAAAGUAGAAGGAGAAGCUAUGAAAACAGAGGAGAAGAACAAGGAAGACCAUGAUGAGAAAACCAAGACGGUGCCGUUUUACAAGCUCUUUGCUUUUGCAGAUUCCUUUGAUUUCCUCUUGAUGCUCCUCGGGACGCUUGGAUCUAUCGGAAAUGGUCUCGGCUUCCCUAUUAUGACCUUACUGUUCGGAGACCUUGUAGAUGCUUUUGGACAGAAUCAGACUAAUACAACCGACAAAGUCUCCAAAAUUGCUCUGAAGUUUGUAUAUCUUGGAAUCGGUACUUUUGUGGCUGCUUUUCUCCAAUUGUCUGGUUGGAUGAUAUCGGGAGAGAGACAAGCCGCGAGAAUAAGGAGUUUGUAUCUUAAAACUAUCUUAAGACAAGAUAUCACCUUUUUCGACAUCGAUACAAAUACAGGAGAAGUCGUUGGAAGAAUGUCCGGUGACACUGUGCUAAUCCAAGAUGCCAUGGGAGAGAAGGUGGGGAAAGCUAUACAACUUGUAUCAACGUUUGUGGGAGGCUUUGUGAUAGCUUUCAUUAGAGGAUGGCUUCUAACUUUGGUCAUGUUAUCUUCAAUUCCUCUUCUUGUAAUGUCUGGUGCACUUCUUGCUAUCGUCAUUGCUAAAACAGCUUCUCGUGGACAAACUGCUUACGCUAAAGCUGCGGUUGUAGUUGAACAAACAAUUGGUUCUAUACGAACGGUUGCUUCGUUUACUGGAGAGAAACAAGCUAUAAGCAAUUACAAUAAACAUCUUGUCUCUGCUUAUAAAGCAGGAGUUAUUGAAGGUGGUUCAACUGGAUUGGGACUAGGAACACUCUUUCUUGUUAUCUUUUGUAGUUACGCUUUAGCGGUAUGGUAUGGAGGGAAGUUAAUACUAGAAAAAGGGUACACAGGAGGACAAGUUCUCAAUGUCAUCAUCUCUGUUUUAACUGGAUCCAUGUCGUUAGGUCAAGCAUCGCCUUGCUUAAGCGCGUUCGCAGCUGGACAAGCUGCUGCUUACAAGAUGUUUGAGACAAUUGAGAGGAAACCUGACAUAGAUUCUUAUAGUACAGAUGGUAAAGUGUUGGAUGACAUUAAGGGAGAUAUUGAGCUUAAAGAUGUUUACUUUACGUAUCCGGCUAGAUCCGACGAGCAAAUAUUCCGUGGCUUUUCGCUGUUUGUCUCGAGUGGUUCAACGGUUGCUUUAGUUGGACAGAGUGGUAGCGGGAAAUCUACAGUUGUGAGUCUAAUUGAGAGGUUUUAUGAUCCGCAAGCCGGUGAAGUUCUCAUAGAUGGGAUUAACUUAAAAGAGUUUCAGCUAAGAUGGAUCAGAAGCAAGAUUGGACUUGUGAGUCAAGAGCCAGUUUUGUUCACUGCAAGCAUCAAGGACAACAUUGCUUACGGCAAAGAAGAUGCGACGAUUGAAGAGAUUAAAGCGGCUGCAGAGCUAGCAAACGCAUCUAAAUUUGUGGAUAAGCUUCCACAGGGUUUGGAUACAAUGGUGGGAGAACACGGGACUCAGCUUUCAGGUGGACAAAAACAGAGAAUCGCUGUGGCUAGAGCGAUUUUAAAAGAUCCAAGAAUCUUGCUUUUGGAUGAAGCUACAAGUGCACUUGAUGCAGAAUCUGAAAGAGUGGUUCAAGAAGCACUUGACAGAAUCAUGGUUAACCGG